GACGAUUGGGACUGGAGGAUAAAAUUGUAAUUUCCUAUCCUCCAUCGUCACGCGAUUUUGGCUCUGGAUUUCUAUGUAGUCUGCGCUGCACCAGGCUGUUCCUUUCGAAUACACGCCGACGAUCUGCAGAUAGGGACUGCGAUUGAUUGAUUUCUUCAGGUCUUCUUCGGAAGAUAGUUGUGGCAAGAAUAUGUCAAGCACUGAGGAAAUCAAUAAACAAACAGAAGUUAUUAUGGAGGAUGCCAACAAGACCUUGCCUUCUGCAGAGAAGCAAGAGGAAGUGAUUAAAAAGAAAUAUGGAGGCAUUAUGCCCAAGAAACCACCAUUGAUUUCUAAGGAUCAUGAGCGUGCUUAUUUUGACUCGGCUGAUUGGGCUUUGGGAAAGCAAGGUGUAGCAAAGCCGAAGGGGCCACUUGAAGCUCUUCGACCAAAGUUACAGCCUACACAACAGCAAACACGGUAUCGCAAAUCUCCAUAUGCGCCAGGUGGGGAAGCGGGAGCUGCCGAAGAUGCUGCUGCAUCUCCAAAUGAGUGACUUAUAGAGGCUGCAAUCUGCAUAUUCGGAUUGAAAGUAUUAUCCAAGUGUAAGAGUAGUAUUCAUCUAUCUGAAAUUAAUUGUACUGCCUGCUGUAAUGAAUUUCCUGGAUCUUGUUUCUGUUGUAGAUUGAUUGUCUUAA